UGGCGAAAAAGGGAAGUAAAAAUAGAAAAUCCUCUAUAAUAGACAAAAAUCUUAAUUCUAAAGAAUCUGUGGGCUCUGACCAUAAGAAUUUAAAAAAAUCUAAGCAAAAAGAAGGUAAACAACCGCUUACAAGCAAAAGUAAAACUGUUGAUGAAUGGGUUGUAGACACUAUGAAGAACAAAUUUUCGGUUUUUUUAACUCUUUUAGUCGGAUUAUUUGCUUGCUACCUUGCAUUCGUAAUACGUCUGAUCCCCAUACAACUAUUCGGACUACUGAUUCACGAGUUUGACCCAUGGUUUAAUUUCCGCGCUACUAAGUAUCUAGUUUUAAAUGGAUUUAAAAAAUUUUUUACAUGGUUCGAUUACGAGUCUUGGUAUCCGUUGGGAAGACCUGUGGGAACUACUAUAUAUCCAGGAAUGCAAAUAUCUUCCUAUUUUAUAUACUAUUUUCUAAAAAAAAUAGGUUGCCCGAUGUCUCUUGUGUCUGUCUGCUGUUACACUCCAUGCUGGUAUGGCGUCGCAGCGACGCUCUUUACUGGCUUAUUGACGCAUGAAUGUUCCCGUUCUAAAAUUGCUGGUGCUUUUGCUGCUCUUAUAAUGGCCAUUAUACCAGCUCAUAUAAUGCGGUCGGUCGGCUGCGGCUACGAUAACGAGUCGGUGGCUAUUGCCGUGAUGGUGGCCACCUUUUACUUUUGGGCGCGCUCUCUGAGGACGGAGUCCUCUUGGCCUUUUGCCGUUAUCGCCGGCCUAUUGUAUGUGUUUAUGGCGGCUAGCUGGGGUGGUUACGUUUUUGUUUUGAACAUUAUUGGAGUUCAUGCGGCUUCUUUAGUACUCCUCAACAAAUACUCCACCGGCUUGUUUCUCUCUUACUUCUUCUUUUUUGUUUUGGGGACCCUGGGCGCCAUUCAGAUUCCAAUGGUUGGGUUAAACCCUCUUAGGUCCCUUGAGCAAAUGGGUCCAAUGUUUGUGUUCUUUGUGUUCAUAAUUUUGCAAUUUUGUGAAACCCAACGAAAAAAAAGAAACCUUUCUCUUACUCAACUCUGGAUUUUGCGGGCGAAAGUUGGCCUUAUAGUGUUGGCGGCUGUUGUGUCCGUCGUUUACUUUGUCUUAUUUCCGAUGGGCUACUUUGCAGGCCUCAGCGUGCGUGUUAAGAGCUUGUUUAUCAAGCAUACAAAGACAGGUAACCCACUGGUGGAUUCUGUUGCAGAACACCAGCCUGCCAGUUCGGAGUCCUACUUUCAAUUCCUUCAUUACUCCUAUUACCUUACACCCUUGGGGCUCUUAUUUUUGUUGCUCAAUGGUAGAAGAAACUCCUAUAUGUUCCUUGUGUGCUACGUCGUCGCCGCUUAUUAUUUUUCUGCUCGAAUGGUUCGUUUGAUUAUCUUCCUCGGCCCUAUUGUCUCUGCGCUUUGCGGUGUCUUCUUGGGCUAUUUUAUAGAGUGGUCUUACGAGCAGCUUUGGUUACAGUUUUUUCUUGACGGCAGAAAAAACAAAAAAAUAUCCAAGAGUGUUACCCCUUUAACAGCAUUUGAUAACUGCAAAUACGCUCCUCUUAUCAAGAGAAUUGCCGCCUUGUUUGGACUAAGUGGUAUUCUUGUUGCAGGUAUCGACUUUUAUAAGUAUAGUUGGGAAAUGGCGGACGCGCUGUCCGGCCCUUCCAUCGUAUUCAGAGCGCGCCUUUCAGACGGACGGGUUGUGAUUGUCAAAGACUAUUUGGAGUCUUACCAGUUUUUAAAAAAAAACACUCCCAUCGGCUCGAGGGUUCUAGCUUGGUGGGAUUACGGUUAUCAGAUAAAUGGCAUUGCCAAUCGCACGUCCAUUGCUGAUGGAAACACGUGGAAUCAUGAACAUAUAGCUACUCUUGCUAGAUGCCUGAUUUCUCGAGAAAGCGAGGCUCACGAUAUGAUUCGUCAUUUGGCCGACUACGUUCUUGUAUGGACGGGCGGAGGAGGAGAUGACCUUGCGAAAAUGGCUCAUAUGGUCCGCAUUGGCACAUCAGUUUAUCCAAAUAUCUGUCCAGGAGAGAAGUACUGCAGGUCCCUGGGCUUUUAUGCUGAUUACGACACACCCUCGCCAUCCAUGGCCGCUUCACUUCUAUAUAAACUGCAUAGAAAUGGUAUUGGUGAUGUUCGAGUGGAUCCCAAUAAAUUUCGAGAAGUCUUCUAUUCCACUUAUGGGAAAGUGAGGAUCUAUAAAGUGAUGAAUGUGGAUCAAGACUCUAAGGACUGGGUGGCUAAUCCAGCCAACCGGGUUUGCGAUCAGGAAGGCAGCUGGAUCUGUCGUGGGCAAUAUCCUCCCAAGCUGCGAAAGUAUACUGAUCAAAUGAAACCGUAUAAAAGUAUUUAAGCUUGAUUACAGAAGCGCGCUUGUUAUAUUACCGUAUUAAAUGAAUUG